UACAAUUGUGAUGACCGCAACUGCUACAAGGACUUGGCUCGACUUCGUGGCGUGAAAUAUUUCACCUGGGCACCUGACAAACACCACUUGAUUUAUCCCGAAGGCGACGGUCUUCAUCCCCAGACUGGUGAUCCACAUAAGAAGUUCACAAACUACAGAUUUGACCCCGAGGAGUUCGUACGUCAGGUGAAAUUGAUGGUGGAGUACGUGCGUCGUCAUCCGAAAUUCGUCGAAGAGAGACGCCGAUUACGGAGAGCUCAAAGGAAGUUGGAAGAGCUCUGA